UCGAACACAGAACCACAUGCAUCCAAGCGGAGCCAAAGCUCAGAUCUUUCCUCCACUGAGCUCCGCCUGCUCGGCGCUUUGAUUGACAGCCCACCCGACCAAUCUGCUCACAGAGGAUGCACGUCAGGGGAGGGAAGUGGGAGGAGCAGUCCUCGGAUACGCGUGCGUACUGUGCUUGCUCACGUAAUGGGAGCGCUGCGAGUUUGGUGUUGGGCUUCUGGGGUCUGGCGGCCGGGCCUGGGGACCUGCGCACGGCCGAGGGAUGCAAGCUUCGGCACCGAGGCCCGGCGUCGGCCUAAACCUCAAGGCUCCAGCAAGCGCAAGGACCGGGUCGAAGACCAGCCCUUCCCGGGGCUGCUGCGGACAGAGAACCUCAGCCAGGAGAAGCUAGCUGACGUGCUGAGGGCAGCUGUAGUGGAUCAGAAAGGGAGACCGGGAGAGCUGACGUUGCUGUCUGUGCUGCCACAGCUGAGCCAGGCCCUGGGGCUCGGACAUCAGACGCUCCAGGUUGUGCGGGCACCUGGAAAGGAGGCUUCUGGGCUUGUACUCCUCUCCAGCUGUCCCCAAACAGCAAGCCACCUGCAGAAGUUCUUCGCCUACUCAAGGAGAGCCCAGAGGCCCACAGCCACCUACUGUGCCGUCACUGAUGGCAUCCCUGAGCCUUCUGAGGGGUCAGUCCACGUGGCUCUGAAGCUGGAACGCAUGGAUGGCAUCGAUCUUGCAAUCCCAGUGAAGUCCCCAUCUCGAAAGGACAUCCUGGAAGGUGUCAAGAGGACCCUCAGCCAUUUCCAAGUGGUGGCCACGGGCUGUGGCUGUGCCCUGGUCCAGCUGCAGCCACUGUCAGUUUUCCCCAGUCAGCUGCAGGUACACAUGGUUCUGCAGCUCUGCCCAAUUCUCGGAGACCACACCUACGCAGCGCGAGUAGGCACCGUUCUGGGCCAGCGCUUUCUGUGGCCAGCCGAGACUACCAAGCCCCAGGGACAGGUCCUGGAUGAAGCCCUGCUCAGACACCUCCACCUGAGUCCUUCCCAGGUGGCCCAGCAGCCCUUGCAUCUGCACCUGCACCGCCUCCUCCUCCCGGGCACCAGAUCCAGGGAUCCCCCCAGUGAACUUCUGGCACCCCUGCCCCCUUACUUCUCUCGGACCCUGCAGUGCCUGCGGCUCUCCCAACAAUUAAUAGGCUGUCUCUGACCCCCGGUUGGAAAUGGAAAUAGAAAGUAGAAGGGCUGUGGCCCAGCUCAAGGACAGUGGGACAGUGAGGUUGGUGCUGAGUACAGUCAAGGUCCUGGGCUCCUUGGUCUGACAAACCUAAGAUCAAAUCCCAGUGAGGCCACUUGCUUGCUGUGUGGCUUUGGGCAAUUUGAGUUCUCUCUGGACUUAAAAUAAUAAAAGUUCUACCUCA